CCGGCAGAGCGCUGAGGCGGGCGGCGGGAGGGCGGGUGGCCGGCGGGCAGGCAGGUGGGCAGCGGGCGGAGGCAGCGCAGCCGGGACGCGCGUGCGCACGCGGGGAUCGAGGCCCUCGGGCUCCCUUCUUGCCGCCGGGCAGCCGCCGUGAGCCGUCGCCAUGGUGAAGAGCGUGGGCAGCCUGUCUGAAUUUGAGACAGAACUGAAGUCUGCUGGUGACAAGCUUGUAGUAGUUGACUUCUCGGCCACAUGGUGUGGACCAUGCAAAAUGAUCAAGCCGUUUUUCCAUAGUUUGUGUGAUAAAUUUGGGGAUGUGGUGUUCAUCGAAAUCGACGUGGAUGACGCCCAGGAUGUUGCUGCACACUGUGAGGUGAAGUGCAUGCCAACAUUCCAGUUCUACAAGAACGGAAAGAAGGUGCAGGAAUUCUCUGGGGCCAAUAAAGAGAAGCUGGAAGAGACCAUUAAAAGUCUAGUCUAAUCUCCAGCCAUGGAGACAUUGGAGCAUGCCUGCUUCGGCUAAAUUAUAGCCUGUAACUUUUCUACUUAAAAAAAUCCAACCAAGCUAUCUAGAUCAAGAAGGUUCUACCAUUUAAUCUAUGUAAAUGAAUACAAUAAAGUGUAAAUUCUACACUUUU